AUGGCAGGAAGACACCUGAGCCUGCUCAGGCCCGUUCAGACAAAGAAGGAAGGCCCUGGGACUGACCCAACACAGCAACCUGAAGAGGUGGAGCAGUCCCAGCCCCUGCAGGAGGAUCCAGGCCGGCACCAGACACCAGAGCAGGACCGUGCCCGGGGCCGCUUCCGCAGGGCAGCACAGGCCUUUGUGAAAUUCUUGAGCGUUCGGCGUAGAAAGUGCAGGAUCACACCAAUUGAGGUCAUGGCGCAGCCUGACCCCACGCCGACCGAGCUCAAGGUUGACCCUGAUGUCGGCACCGCGUUGACCGAUGGCACAGCAAACCGUGACACCGCGGUGACUGAUGACACGACAGCCUCCAACACCGCGCUGCCUGAGCUCACCCCGCAGGCUGACGGUGCAAAGACUGAGGGCAUCGCGGACGCUGACAGCACACCCGUUCAGCACCUGCCCGAUGAUCUCAGUCUGGAGGUUCUUGAAGAGGAAGUUAUCUCUGUGGAAGAAGCCAAGAAACCAGACAGGGGCAUGGAGCGGAGACCUCCCAGGGUGCCCAAGCGGGCGCGGGUGAAGAAAGAGGAGGAGGAAAGCCCUGGGCCUGCCCCUGCACAGCAGCCUGAGAAGGCAGAGCACUUCCAGCCCCUGCAGAAGGAUCCAGGUCGGCACCGGACACCAGAGCAGGACCGUGCCCGAGGCCGCUUCCGCAGGGCAGCACAGGCCUUUGUGAAAUUCUUGAGCAUUCGGCGUAGAAAGUGCAGGAUCACACCAAUUGAGGUCAUGGCGCAGCCUGACCCCACGCCGACCGAGCUCAAGGUUGACCCUGAUGUCGGCACCGCGUUGACCGAUGGCACAGCAAACCGUGACACCGCGGUGACUGAUGACACGACAGCCUCCAACACCGCGCUGCCUGAGCUCACCCCGCAGGCUGACGGUGCAAAGACUGAGGGCAUCGUGGACGCUGACAGCACACCCGUUCAGCACCUGCCCGAUGAUCCCAGUCUGGAGGUUCUUGAAGAGGAAGUUAUCUCUGUGGAAGAAGCCAAGAAACCAGACAGGGGCAUGGAGGGGAGACCUCCCAGGGUGCCCAAGCGGGCGCGGGUGAAGAAAGAGGAGGAGGAGAGCCCUGGACCUGCCCCCGCACAGCAGCCUGAGGAGGCAGAGCACUUCCAGCCCCUGCAGAAGGAUCCAGGUCGGCACCGGACACCAGAGCAGGACCGUGCCCGAGGCCGCUUCCGCAGGGCAGCACAGGCCUUUGUGAAAUUCUUGAGCGUUCGGCGUAGAAAGUGCAGGAUCACACCAAUUGAGGUCAUGGCGCAGCCUGACCCCACGCCGACCGAGCUCAAGGUUGACCCUGAUGUCGGCACCGCGUUGACCAAUGGCACAGCAAACCGUGACACCGCGGUGACCGAUGACACGACAGCCUCCAACACCGCGCUGCCUGAGCUCACCCCGCAGGCUGACGGUGCAAAGACUGAGGGCAUCGUGGACGCUGACAGCACACCCGUUCAGCACCUGCCCGAUGAUCCCAGUCUGGAGGUUCUUGAAGAGGAAGUUAUCUCUGUGGAAGAAGCCAAGAAACCAGACAGGGGCAUGGAGCGGAGACCUCCCAGGGUGCCCAAGCGGGCGCGGGUGAAGAAAGAGGAGGAGGAGAGCCCUGGACCUGCCCCCGCACAGCAGCCUGAGGAGGCAGAGCACUUCCAGCCCCUGCAGAAGGAUCCAGGCCGGCGCCGGACACCAGAGCAGGGCCGCACCCGGGGCCGCUUCCGCAGAGCUCAUCAGAGGGUGCGGAAAUCCGUUCCCGUUCGGCGCAGAAAGGCCAGGACCUCACCACCCGAGCUGCUGGCACAGCCUGAGCCCAACCCGACCGAGCUCAAGGCCAAGGCUGACGUCCCAGGGACUGAGGGCAUUGCAGACGCUGACAGCACACCCGUUCAGCGCCUGCCCGAUGCUCCCAGUCUGCAUGUUCCUGAGGAGAGAGUUGUCUCUGCUCAAGUGCCAGCUCUGGUCAGGUCCAUCCACUCGUGGCUGACCUCCAAUGUGUCUGCUGGGCACGUGCUGGAUAAGACCCUUCUAGCACUGACCGAGGCACACCCCGUGGAUGUCGCCAUCACCCUCCUGCGCUGUGCCCCCUCGUGUGACAGAGCUGCUGCAACCAUGUGGAGGACCAUCGCCUCAUCGGGAAGGACACUGCAGAAGGUGCUGCCAACCCUGCUCGACGUGAUGGAGGACUGGCCGUGGUACUACACGGGCACCUCCGAUGGGGACAACACAGACGUCUUUGCCCUGGCUGCAACUCUGGCACUGUGGAUGAUUGUCCAGGAGCCCCAGUGCCUGGGGCCUUUGAUGGACUAUUCCCCCCAUCUCCUCGUGGAUCUGCUCUUCCAAGUCUUCGUCAGCACAGAGCAGACGUCAGAGGAGGUCGACACGUUCUGGAGGGGAUGCCAGGAGCAACACGACCUUCCCACCGACCCCAACAGGUUUGCAGUGCUGACCAUGAAGGCCCUGCUCUGCUGUCUCCACUGUGAGGAUGUGGUGAAGUCAGUGGAAGACAAUCGUGGCUGGGCCAGGCUCCUCAAUGCUCACAGCCGCCGCUACACGGCUCUGCUGGCCAGGGAGAAGCGCCGCGUCUCCAGACCCUUGUGUUCCCGCAUCACACUCCACCUGCUGGAGCUGCUGAGCAGGGAGGAGCCAUGCUGGGACCUGCCUGCCAUGGCAUUCCUUGUGGAGGUGAGCCUGCUGCCUCGUGCUGCCUCGCCGAGCUGCCUCCACCUCUCGGCCCUCUCACGGCCGCAGCUGCCCGGGACGAUUCUGGACUGCCUGGACACCAGAGAAUGCGGUGACAGGGUCCUGGAGAUGCUUUCAAGGAACUCAGGGAGCACCAACACAAAGCGGCGUCAACUGGCACUCCGAGUCCUCGUGGCAUUCAGCCAGGAUCCCGUGAUGGCCGAGAGCAUCUGGAGCCUGAAUGAAAGGCUCGUGCAGCUACUGGGGGAUGCAGACAGAGAUGUGGUUUGGAUGACCCUCUCUGUGUUCAAGAACAUGCUCUGGAGCAGUCUGUGGACACAGCGCCACAAGAGAGUCCGCAGCAAAGACCCCCUAAUAUCCACCCCCACCGGCCUGCAGUGGGCUGAGGCGCUCCAGCCACUCUUUGACCACGACGACAGCAGUGUGCGGGAGGGCUCCAUGGCCCUCUUCACUCGUGUGAUCAAACUGAUCGAGAGAGAGGGAAAGAGGCCCCUGAAGCCACUCGUGUGCCUGAGCCUGCUCCCGCUCUACUUCCACCGGCAUGAUGAGAAGGUGGUCGUGAAAAGGGCCUCUCGGAAAGCACUGCUAGAUGUGACCAGGUUCCUGAAGAGGAGGGAUCUUGGGCGCCUGGUGAAUACAGAGGAGCCAUGGAGCUUUGGCAAGUGCCUGCUGAAAAAGGACCGGAGCCGAGUGGCCAAGUACAUGCACCAGGCCCUGCCGUACCUGCGGAGCCCACAGCAGCCCCUGCGAGAGGCAGCCAUCAAGUUCAUGGGGAUCGCCGGGGGGUACCUGAGGGGACAGCCCAAGGAGCUGCAGCUCAUCAUCGAUGCCCUUCAAGCCAUCCCAGACGACAGGAGCCCCGCUGUCUCAAACCUGACGCUUCAAAUAAUUAACUUUGUUACAAAUCUACAGACAGCUCCCUACCCCAGGUUCCAGCGGUUCCGAGACCGGCUCUGCAGGGCGUGGAAUACCCGGCCUUCUCUGUGGGGCUGAGUCUGCCUGUGCUGCUGCAGCUGUGUGCAGAGUUGAUGCAGGCAGCUCUGUCUGUUGGGGCACCUGAGCCUGUGGGGAAGACACCUCUUCUCUGCAAGCCCUUCCUUUUACCCCAGCGUAGGAAUAUUAAAUAAAUAUUGUCAUA